GAUGACGUCAGGCCAGCAGGCGGCGCUGCGGCGUGACGUCACAUGAGCAGAGGCGCAGAAGAAGAAGAAGAAGAAGAAGCGUGAGGAGCGCGUUAGCAGGGCCAGCGCUGAUAAUGAUGAAAUAGCAUAGCGUGCGCGGAGUAAGCAGAGCGAUCGCGGCGCGUCGUGGAAGACAUCGCGCUCGGACCCCGGGCUGAGAACACGGCGCGAUCAUGGCCAGCGACGACACGCUGCGCUCGCUGAUGUUCACGCUCAGCUACGUGCUGCUGAAGCGGCGGCGUGACGUCACCAGCGCAGACGCGCAGCGCAGACGCGAGGUUCAGCGGCGCGUGGCGCACAGACGCUAUUUCCAGCAGCGACACAAGAGGAUGAUCAUGAUGAUGAUUGCUCAAACGUCUCGUCCGGUCGGUGGCCCGCCGGCGCGCCCCACGCGGGUCUGGAGCAGCAUCGAGAGCACCGAUUGGUGGGAGCGUGUGGUCAUGAGGGAGUUCCAGCCCUCCGAUUGGCUGGAGAAGUUCCGCAUGACUAAAGAGACGUUCUUCCUGCUGUGCGGAAAGCUGAAGCCGCGGCUGAGCCGUCAGGACACCCGUUUGCGUCCGGCGCUGCCGCUGGAGAAGCGUGUGGCCGUGGCUCUGUGGCGUCUGGCCUCUAACGUGGAGUACCGCACCAUCAGCGCUCUGUUUGGCGUGGGCCGCUCCACCGUCUGCAAGUGUGUGCGAGACGUGUGUCAUGCCAUCGUGCUGCUGCUGCGGCCGCUGUACCUGCGCUCCCCGAGCGAGCAGGAGCUGGAGGAUGCUGCACGACUCUUCGCCUCGCGCUGGGGCUUCCCUCACUGCGUGGGAGCGGUCGGCAGCCUCCACGUGCCCAUCAUCGCUCCAUCCAGCAACACGCACAGCUACUGGAACAGCCGCGGCUGGCUGUCGGUGGUCACUCAGGGCGCUGUGAACGGGCUGGGGCAGUUCUGGGACGUGUGCGCCGGCUUCCCGGGCAGCACCGAGCACUCGGCCAUCCUGCAGAACUCCACGCUGUGGGCACGCGGCUGCGACGGGUUCCUGCUGCACGAGCCGCCGCUGGACUUCAUGGGCCGGCCGCUGGGAUAUCUGAUGCUGGGAGACGCCGGAUACCCUCUGAAGAGCUGGCUGCUGAAGAGCUUUCCGGAGUCCGGCGCGCUCUCGGACGCUCAGAGAGCAUUUAACCGUAAGCUGGAGCGGGCGCGCGGCGUGGUGGACGAGGCCUUCCUGCGGCUCCGAGCGCGCUGGCAGUGUCUGCUGAAGAGGAACGACUGCCGCAUGGACGUGAUUCCCACCAUGAUCCUGGCCUGCUGCGUGCUGCACAACGUGUGCGAGGUGCACGGAGACGAGUUCAUCGAGCGCUGGGAGGAGGCGGUGCGUCACGAGGAGAGUCCGCAGCCCGCAGACGAGGUGUCACCCGCCUCUGACGACCACGACGGAGAGGAAGUCCGAGCGCUGUUCUGCCAGUACUUCCUGCAGCAGGAGAACCAGCAGCGGACGCUGGCCUGCUGAGACAGACAUCGAGCGUGUCUGUGAACAGCCUGCCGUCCUUGAGCGCUGCCGUGCUCUGGCUCUUCUCCUCCUCUGUUUUGUGCUGUGUUUUCCAGAACUUGAUCUCAUCUGUUCACUUCAGUCACAUCUGAAUGCAGAACAUCACAGCGAGAGUAAUGAACUGUACAGAAAGACACACGGCUCUGAGCUGCUGUCAGCAGUGUGUUUGUGGGUUAGUUAGUGCAGUGAUUCCUGGAGCCCAGCUCUCUCGUCUCUUUAAUCAAACACACCUGAUUCAGAUCAUCAGCAGACAGUAGGCUUGUUCGAGAUGCAUCGGCGUGUGACAACAAAGCACCGCAAGAGCAGGUGGCUCUUUAUGCUUUUGAAUCGCUCUGGCGGUGCUUCAUGCGUCUCGAACAAGCCUACUCCAAGACCUGAAAUGAGUCGUGCAGAGCUGGGCUCCAGCUAGUGGAUGGUGUUGUUAGUUAAUGUGAUUCUCUACACCUGUGUGAAACUGAGCAGAACUUAUUCAUACAUCAGCAGCUGAAUCAAACACACUGAGACUCAAACAUCAUGAAGAAAAGAGACUUUAGUGAAGAGGAAAGAUCCUGAAGAUACAGAUAAGUGUGAAAGAAAUGUUCUUCUUCAUAAAGACUGUGAACGUCACAUCUUUGUACUGUGCUUUCUAAUGCUGUGUGGAUGUUUUAAUAAUCAUUUGCUGGCAUUCUUUUAAAUCAUUAAACAUAAACAGUAAUGUUGCCUCUCAUUAUGAUCAUAUUCUGCCUGAUGUUUGAAUUGAUGUUUGUUGGUGUCAUGUUUUUGUCCAUACAAUAAAAGUCAAUGUGGUCCGUUAUUGUUUCCGUUGUUCUUAAAAAUAUCUUCUUUCGCCUUCCAAACAUGACACGGGUUAGAACGGAGCUUAGACGACGACAGGAUGGUCAUUUCUGGGUGAACCAUCCCUUUAACAGUGCUCAUCAUAACAUGCCAUCUGUCUCUGAGGGUUUAGAUUAAGAAUAAGCAGUGAAAUCUGGCACAAGAUUAGGUUGAGGAUUAUAUCUCCUGUUGUCUUGAGAUAAUAUCAGGGAAGACGGGUGUAUUCAGGUCAAGGGUCAUUUGAAGUUCUCGAAGAUAUACUGUAGGACCUGUAGAUGAGCGUCCGGUCACAGUGAUCAUAUGUUCUGCUGGGAUCAUAUGUGGUGAGGCUGAGUGUUGAAACUCUGUCUGCGGUCACUCCUUACAGCCAGAUUACCUGCGUCUCUGGAGAGACGACGCUCGCCACACGCUCCUGUUCAGCCGAAGCUCAUCCACCGCCAGCAUGCUGCAUCCGCUCAUGAUCUUCAUGGUCAUCGUCAACACGUCCAUGAGCAUCAUCUUCUGGACCUUCUUGAUGUCGGAGGUCUUCUUCAAAGAGGCUGAGACGGAGGAGGCCAGAGCCGCGGCGGCCGUGUCUCCGGCGUAGAGUCGUCAGCAUGCAGAUC